AUGAAAUCGAAUGAAAUCGAUACCUAUUGGACAACCCCCUGGUGCCGAAUAUGGUCCGAUAGCCUUUGCUCCAAACAUUUCGGAGCUCCGUAUGCUGGAGACCAGAAAUGCCCUUCCGCUGGAGCUCCGGAGGACCUUCCGCUGGAGCUCCGCCGGAGCAUUUUGGUGACCUACCUCGAUGAGGACGGCGGCAGCCGGCACCGUUGGGCGGCCAUCACAGAUUGGACUGAUGCCCAUUCAGUUCCUCUUUUUGAUGGAACCCAUAUAGCCUUUGUGCACAUCAAAGGCUUCAUCACCGACCUUCAGGAGAUGAUGAUCGUCCGUGACGAGUCUGGAGUGCUGGUGAAGGAACUGUCAGCCGUCGCUCCCAAGAUGGUUCCUGAAGAGCAGGUGGAGGUGACCAACAUGAGCAACACCAGCUCCACCGUGGCGAAGGAUGUCAUCAGCGAGGAAGACCGGGCCUUGUUGGACGCCGCCGAGUCCGAGGCCUCCUAA